AAAUAAAUAAAUGUAUUAUUCAUUUAAUAAAAUAACUGAUACAUAAAUUGAGCCGGUCUCGUAGUACAGUCGUCAAUUCGUACGACUUAACAACAUGCCCGUCAUGGGUUCAAUCCCCAAAUAGACCGCGCCGCCAUACGUAGGACUGACUAUCCUGUUAUGGGGGGGGGGGGGGGGAAUCAAUUAGUCACUGAAAGCCAAAGCCCACAAGUGGGUACAGGCAGGCCUUGACCGACAUCGGUUGUUGAGCAAAAAAAAAAAAUACAUAAAUAAAUACAAAAAAAUAAAUGUAUAAAAAAAGAAAAAUUAAAUUUCUUACGCAACUAUGUUUCAACCCCUUUAUAUUCCCAUUGACGAUGUCGUACUACCUUAUCUUUUGGUAUGUAAACGAUUCGUUUAAUUGUAUCAAAAGAUCGAUCUGAUAACUCAUAAAAUUUCAACAUAACCAAUCAUCAAGAACAAAUACUUUUUCCUCAAAUUGAGAGCUUUAAGUCUUUUUUAUUUAUUCUAAGGAAGCAUAUCUUAUCAAUAAAUUUAAACGCAUUCAAUCAAAGCGUUUCACCGACUACAUUUGGUAUUCUCCAACUAGGAUAUAGGUAAGUAAGGAUCAGAGAGAGAUUGACUGUCAAACUGAGUGGAUGUGCCUUCCUCGUGCUCCUGAUUUUAUACGCUGUUUUACCGUGUUAUUUCUGGAAUUUCAACAUUUGCAACAGUGGUGCUGCUGAGUUGUUCGUACUGGCUAGUGCGUGCCUUCGAUUAAUAUAAAGCUGCUUCUGUUUAUUCAACAUUUUUGCCGAGAAAGUGUUUGGCUUCGUUUCUGCUCCUGUCACUCAUCAGAUUGUGCUGAGUCAUCGUUAUGCAGUGCUCAACCUGCAAUGCACCCACCGAUAGUGCUAAUUCGGUGUCCUGUGCCGGUGUUUGUGGUUCCAAGCAUCACACCCAUUGCACGGGGUUGUCCCGUGAUUCUACUCGUGAGCUUGGGCGUAAUAAUCAAUUGUUGUGGUUGUGCAAAACAUGUCACGAGUUUCGCAUUGGCACAAAUUCACUUCUCACAAAUCGGCUAUCAAGAGCGAUUUGCUUCCUGAGAUCCUCGCUCUCGUUGAUAAGCGAGCGCUAACACCCAUAUUAGCUAAGCCGUCUGUUAGCAACGCAUCGCGAUCGCACACAUCCACUAAUGUAUCGUCGCUCAAUGCCACAAAUACAUCCAGAACGACUAAAACAGCUUCCGCUCGCCGUACAUUUACUAACUCAACGGAGCUCACUGAUGAUAUCCAAGCUGCGAACGAUACCAACACUGUGGAUGAUUCUGACAACUGUAACCACUACAAUCAUCGUACUAAGCCGACUAGUGAUGUUAGUGCUGGAAACUAUCGAACAAAUACACAAGCAUCUUCUGAUCCUGUUUUGAACCAAAACACCACCAACACGGGCAUAGCCGAGAAAGUAUGGUUAUACUUCACGAACAUCAAAUCGCAUGUCUCGGCUGAUGAUAUGCGUGUGUGGCUUAAAGCUGUGCUACCAACGGACGAUAUUAAUGUUUACCGUCUCACGAAAAAGGGUGUGAACCUGGACUCGAUGUCCUUCAUAUCGUUCAAAGUGAGUGUUCCUAAAUCUCUUAAGGAGCUUGCGCUGCAGUCUACUAUUUGGCCAGUUUCACUUACUGUUCAGGAGUUUGUUGCUCGUGGCCUACCAAAGCAACGUGUACAUGAAAGGGCUCGAUUUGACCCUUCUGAGCUUAUUUCGCAUCGUACAAAUAGUGAAAAUUGCUCUUCAGCUGUGCCAAAAACUACCGCUCAUCCGGAUCAUUUUUUGGAACAUCGAUCGCCACCCCCACAGCGCGUGAUUCUAUCACCAUCCCAGAUGACCGAGAUCCUAGAGGCUAUUCAACUGGAGUUUCCUCCCACACCGCCUCAGUUAUCACCGGGGGUGGGGCUUCAAUCACAAUCCAAUCUCAGCAACACGAACCGCUCACCACAGAUCAGCCCGUUUGCCAAACGGAUAGCUCACAAUUAAUAGACCCAUUUGUGAUAUAUUACCAAAAUGUUCGAGGCCUUCGCACCAAAUACAAUGAAUUGCGCCUUUCUGCGAAUGAAUCAGGGUUUGAAAUGCUUGCCCUUACUGAAACCUGGUUAAAUGAAUCGAUUCCAUCCAACAUGGUCCUUGAUAGUGAUGCCUACAACAUAUACCGCUGUGAUCGAAGCAGGUUAAACAACGAACGUUCGCGUGGGGGUGGUGUGCUACUUGCAUGUUCCGUUCGAUAUCCUUCUGUGGCACUUAACAUUAAUCAACCCACGCUUGAAGCUUUAUGUAUACGUGUUUCUUUUUCUAAGUUUCGUCUUUAUGUGGGGAUUGUUUAUGUGCCACCGUAUUUGAGCAGCGACCGCAACUAUUUGGAAUCCCUUUCUGCUUUCAUCAGUGAUGCAUAUAUGCAAAUGAAACCGAAUGAUCAUCUUAUCCUUCUGGGUGACUUCAAUCAACCUGCGUUAGAGUGGUCGCUUUCUACCGCUGUAAGGCCAGAUUCAUCUUCAGCUAUAAGACAUUAUGUGCCACUUAUUUCUUCGAAUACAUCCAGUUCCUGCUUUUUGGAUAUGUUAAACCUGCAUGAACUCUAUCAGCUGAACGGGGUGCAUAACCAUUUAAAUCAUUAUUUGGACCUGGUGCUCUCCAACUCUGCUGCAGCUGCUUGUUGUUCUGUGUAUCCUGCUUCGUCACUGCUCCUGCCCCAGGAUGCCCAUCAUCCUGCUCUAGAAAUUGCGUUACCGUCUUCUUUAUUUAGGGCUAGUAGGGUUAUGAAUGUAUUACCUUCUGCUCCUAAUUCAUUGAGAGUUCGUUAUAAUUUUCGGCUCACAGACUAUCGUAAACUUAAUUCAAUUCUAUCUCGUUCCGACUGGUCUUUUUUUUAUCAAUGUACAUCGGUCGACGAGGCUGUCCAAUCGUUUAAUGCUUUGUUAACCUCUGCACUCCUUUCAUGUACACCUAUUUUUCGUUCCCCUCCUAAUCCUCCCUGGUCCAAUCGUACUCUUCGCAA